AAUAGGCCAGUCAGGAAAGAACGGAAGCGCGUCGAAGCAGGACCGAGGAUCGCGAGCCUGGUGGAUGCGGCCCGUUCGAAACUCGCAGUUGUGGAUGCGUAGAAAGAAGAAGGAAGGACGUCGUCGCGUGGGUCUGGUGCUGGGAGGUCGUCGAGGCUGCUGCUGCACUUUUGGUUUGUUGGCGACUGAACAGCUACGGCGACUUGGACCAAGAAACAAUUGGCUCAAGGCUGGCCUGGUUGACUGAGCUUGCCAUAUACUGCUGCUACAAUGUCUGAGAGAAGCUACCAGAGACGGGCGGAAAGCUCAAAGAAUCCACUGACAAAGGCCCUGCUGCAGACCAUGCUCGCCAAAAAGUCAAAUCUCUGCGUCGCUGCUGACGUGACCACAGCAGAUGCAUUGCUCAAGCUCCUGCCUCUCAUUGGGCCUCACAUCUGUCUCCUGAAGCUACACGUCGAUAUCUUGGUCGACUUUACCCCAGCAUUCAUCGAUGCAGUCGUCAAGGCAAAGGAACAAUACAACUUCCUCAUCUUCGAAGACCGCAAGUUUGCCGACAUUGGCUCUACAGUUGCGAAUCAGUACCAGCACGGCAUCUACAAGAUUGUCGAAUGGGCAGAUAUCGUCACUGUCCAUGCAGUCCCCGGUGAGGGCAUCAUCAGUGGUCUCGCUCAAGUCGCCAAAACAGUACAAGCACCCAGAGGCAUACUACUCCUUGCAGAAAUGUCAUCCAAGGGCAACCUAUGCACGCCUAAUUAUGCGAAUGCAACCAUUGAGAUGGCAGCGCGGCAUCAGGACUUUGUCGUGGGUUUCAUCUCACAAUCAAGGCAAGCGGGUAUUUCGAGCGAGUACCUCGUUAUGACGCCCGGCGUCUCCCUGGCGAGUGCCGGGGAUGCACUCGGCCAGCAGUACGCAACACCAGCUGAUGCUAUUCAACGCGGCGCAGAUAUCGUGAUUGUUGGUCGUGGCAUUUACGGCGCCUCCGAUCCAGCAGCAGAAGUGCAACGAUACAGAGAAGCUGGAUGGCAAGCAUACCUUGAUAUCCUCUCGUAACUAAGAGCUUCAAGAUCGCUACAUGAAUAAAAUAAGCCUUGCCUUU